AGCUAGAGCAUGCAAAUAAUGGAGGUCGUCUACCUCGUCUUAGCUCUCUUGUCAUUGUGCAUUGUUCUUCUCUCCAGGCGCUUCCGCAGGCGCUCCACAGCGAACGAGCCUCCCGGGCCGUGGCAGCUGCCGGUGAUCGGCAGCCUGCACCACCUCGCCGGUCAGCUCCCCCACCACGCCAUGCGUGACCUAGCGCAGCGCCACGGGCCGGUGAUGCUCCUCCGGCUCGGGGACGUGCCGACGCUGGUGGUGUCGUCCCCAGAGGGUGCCCUUGAGGUCAUGAAGACGCACGACCUGGCGUUCGCGACGCGGCCCCUGCGUGCCACAGCAAGCGUGCUCACCAACGGCGGCCGGGACAUCGUUUUCGCGCCGUACGGCGACUACUGGCGCCAGCUUCGGAAGAUAGCCGUCAUGGAGCUCCUAUCGGCACGGCGUGUCCUGUCCUUCCGCGCCAUCCGCGAAGAGGAGGUCGCCGUCAUGCUCCGAGACGUCGCCGAGGCGGCGGCGGCCACGCGACCCGUGGAGAUGCGCCCUCUCCUCUCGGCCCUCGUCUCUGACAUAACGGUCCGCGCCGUCAUGGGUGACCGCCGGUUCAAGGAGCGCGCCGUGUUCCUCAGCACACUCGACCGCUCCAUGAAGCUCGUAGCGGGCUUCAACCCACCGGACCUGUGGCCGUCAUCCCGGCUCGCUAGCUGGCUCAGCGGGGCCAUGCGCCGCGCCAAGGAGUGCCACGACACCGGGCAUGACAUCCUCGACACCAUCAUCCGGGAGCGACUCGAGAGGCGGAGGAUGGAAGGUGCCGGAAACCAAGACCAGAAGGACGAGCACUUGCUCGACGUGCUGCUAAGCAUGCAGGAGGAGGGCAGACUCGACAUGGACGCCGUCAAAUACGUCAUCUUUGAGGUUGUUGAACCGGAAAUUCCAACCGACCCUAUUGUCGAGAUGUUAAAUUUUCCAGACUGCCCAAAAUAA